AUGGUCUAUUACCCCACACAUCUCAAAUACGCGGAGGUGAAUCUAGAUCUACACGACAGCCGUCCCCCUCAUCGCAUCAAGACGGCUGUCAAGAGCGACGAAUGGCGACUCUCAAUCAUUCUUUCCUGGGUAGUUCUUUUCCACAUUAUGCUAAUCACAUUCGUCACAUUCUUACUCCUCUCGUCCAGUCCAGUCCCAGAUUCUUCCAGGCAUUCAACACAGAUAUCCAUAUGGGCAACAUUCCUCGGGGUUGCCUCUGCGCUACUGGCUGGGAUGCAGUAUGCUCCGCAGCUUAUACACACGUAUAAGCUGAGGCUUGUCGGAGCUCUUAGCAUCCCCAUGAUGCUCAUUCAAAGCCCUGGCGCAGUGUUCAUGGUCCUCAGCAUUGCAUUAAGGCCAGGCACAAACUGGACUACAUGGCUCCCAUAUGCCGUAGCCGGCGCAAUGCAGGGCUCACUCCUCGUGAUGUGUCUGCUAUGGCGCGCACGCCAGCAUCGUCUGGGCAUAGAUGACUUCGGAAAUCCUCUCGACCCGUCGCCGGCACUAGGUGUGGACUCCCCUGCGUUGGUUAUCGAAGGUCCGGAGCAGGGCGUCCCAGUGAAUACCGUGAUCGAAGCGGCGAGAGAGAACGAUGCUCUGGCUGAUAUUGCUGCCGAAGAGGCGAACGAAGCAACGCCUUUACUCGCAGUGAAAGGAGGCAAUAGUAACUCUGGGGAGGGGUGGUUUAGUUGGAUCAAGAAAUGGAUGUAG